GGGCUGUCUCUGGACGGCCACUUGGAGAGCACGAUGGCUUCAAGAACAGCCAUCACAUUUGUGGAUACUGAUAACAUGCUGAAGUUUUUUGGUGAGAAACUGAAUGAUCUUAUUGAAGAUUUUAAAGCAAAUGAAAUAUGGUUAAAAGAAAUCCAGGAGGAAGCCACAAAGAUGUUUAUCUGUGACUUUAAUGGAGAGCCAGAGUUGAUGCCAAAAACCCCUUCAGAAAGAAAACUGCUUAGAAAGCGUCUAUCUGUAAUCCAGGAUUCCAAUAAUAGGUUUUCUAGAAGCCGAAAAAGUUUUAGGCGUUCUUCAGUUCGGCGGCCGAAACACUUUAACAGAAUCUUUGUGGAAGAUAAUGGUAACUAUAAGAGCAGAACUGAGCAAGUCUGUCCUGUUAAUCUAACACAACCAGAGUCACCUGCAAGAGCAACAAUGGCCAGUCUAGAAACUGAAAAACACAAUAUUGUCCCAGUUAAUAGUAGAGUUCCAUUGAUUGAAUUGUCGCUGAAUGACUGCAAGCCUCCAGAAUUGCAGAAGAGUCAUGUGGCCAACUUAGCUCAAUCUCUUCUGAUUUCUGAAGAUGUGAACUUGUUUCAAGAAACAGUUAAAGCAAAACAACCUAUGAGUGAAACUAUUUUGGAAACUGCAAUGAACCCCAGCAGCCCAAAUCCUGAAGGAAUGAAGCUGAAAAUUGAUGUUACUGCUAAAGUAAAUGCAGUUACUGGAGACACCCAUUUAGCUAACUGGGAGUUAGGCGAUACUCCCAUUGCAGAUGGGGGUUCCAACUCUGGGGAAGUUGAAAAUAAGCUUGUUCGCAACCAUAAUCGCAGAUCGGUACGGAAAAGCAUUAGCAGUCGCCGGUCCAGCUGCUUCAGAUUGAUGGAUAAAUUUUCACUGAAUGUUCAACGGACUACCAUGGUGCGGAAAUCCAGCAGAAAAUCUUUGCACAAAUCAGUUGCCUGGAGAAAAAAUAUGCAGGAGUCCUCUGCUUCCAGUUAUCAUAACUCUGUUCAGAAAUUGAAGAAAAAUAUGGAAGAAGAAUGUGUUGAAGUGACUGAACCAAAUCAAAAUCGACCAGUCAUGUUGGGUCCUGAAAAGCACGGUCCUCGAUGCACUAGAAAUGCCACAAAAAUUGUGAAGGCCAACCUUGAGAAUGUGUCUCGGCUGCAAGCUUGUAGAAAUUCACCAAGGUUUCAGGGAAAAGAUAGCAGCAAUUCUGAUGAACUGAAUUCUGACAAUCUGAGGCUUGGAUGUAAAAAUAAUUACAGGCAAGGCGUUGAAAAUGUGCAUAAUCACACUGGGGUGUUGAAUUGUGACGAUUCUCUGCCAAGAAAGAAGAGUGCUUCCCCAUCUUGUCCUCCAAGUAAGAAAAAGAUCCGCCUGAAAAAUCUGAAGAAGCAAGAAGAAGUGAGAAUAGAGAGACAAGAGGAAGAAAAGAAACACCAAUUGGAAGAACUUAAAAAAAAGAGGCAUCUGAGAUGUGUUUUGGAAACUCGUUCCCGAGUUGAUCAACAAGAGGAGGAGAAAAAGAGAAAAGCUGAGCAAAAAAAUUCUCAGAUUGAUGAAAAGAUGCAUGAGAAAUGUCUUGCUGAAGAAAGAGCCAAGAAGAAAGCCACUCAGAGGAAGGAAGAGGCAAAAUCCCGAAGGCCACAAGAAGAAGCCCAAAAACAGAAACUUCAGGUGGAAGAGAAACACCAAGAGCUGUUGCAACAGAAGGAGGAAGAACUGGAGAAGCAACACAAAAUAGCAGAAGCUAGAAAGCUUCAAGAGCAGCAACCAUCUGAGCUGGAGAAGGCCAGACUGCAUGUGUUGCAAGUGACUACAGAUAGGCAGUGGGAAAGGAAGAGGGAGCAAGAGCACAUCCAGACAGACAAAGAGUAUGAACAUCUAGAGAAAGACAAAGCCAUCCAGUUGCAGCAAAAGCUGGAGCAAACCACACCAGAGGAUGCUGCACUGCUGGCUGAACAAGAACAGGGACAGCUUCAUGGAGCAACCCAAGACAAAGAAAGAAAGCUGGAAGAACAGCAAUUGAAAGAACUGGGAAAUCUGACUUUAGCAAAUGGGGAAUCUACAAGUCUAAAGUUGGAACCAAAGCAGCAAGAAAAUGAGAGUAGACUUUGUGAAGAUCAAAGAAAAUGCAAGGAAGAAAAGAACUUGAAAGUGAAGGAAGAGGUCUCCAACAAAAAUAUACUGAAUGUAACUAUAGGUGUCCAUCAUUCAGCGGUACUGGAGUCUUACACUAUGACUCCUAAUGGCUACUCAAAAAUUAAAUUGUCUAAAGUCAAUCUGGAAACUUACGGGAUGGAUUUACAAAGUGAUGAUUCAACAGAUGAUGAGGGAGCACCACGUAAACCUAUCCCUACUUGGGCUAAUGGUGCCCAAUUGCAGCAAGCGCUCGUAAAGCAGUAUUAUCACCCACUUGAUUUAGACAAAUUCUUCGGUGUCAUUCAACCCCCAAAUCUUGAGAACAUCUUCGGCAAAAGCAAGCCACGUUAUCUGAAACGCACAAGUUCUGCAGUAUGGCAUUCGCCACCAGCAUCAAACAGUAUAAGGAAUGUACCCUACGGUUUUAUGAAAUACUGAAAGUAAUCCUUUCAUUAGAAAUGACAUUCUAAAUGUUGUAAUGAGUAAAAUGAACUCUCCUUGUAUCCCUUUAUCUAUAUUAUAUCUUUAUUGCUUGGUUUUUUUUUAACUGUCCUAUUUUACAGGCAAGCACCUCUCAGCUGGUUGUCACAAAUCUCUUUUGAGUAUUGAUGUUCUAAAGCUGUUGCAUUUUAAUACACUAGGGUUUUCUUAAAGCUAACUUUCAUUAGACUUUUAUUUUGUGCCUGAGUUCAUACCCUGAUGGGAUAAAUGUGUCUCUAUCUCCUGCCUUAAGGGUCAUGUACAAAAUGUAAUUUGGAAAUACCAUUAAGUUUAUGCUGCCGAGAUGAACCUGCAUAAUGCUUCUAACUUAGCAACAAUUGGCAAACUCGGUGCCUGAUAAGUGAUAUGACGGAUUGUAGUUGAAGAAAUCUCAUCUCAUCUCAUUGUUGGAAUGUAGUUUUUUUUUUGUGGUUUGGGCAAGGUGCUUUUUGUUGUGCAUCUGGCUCUGUCUUGACUUGAAUUGGGCAGGUUGCUAAUUCUUGAUUGGUGAAAUGUUCCUUGUGUUUAAAUUGAGGAUUUCAUUUCCAAUAGAAUUUUUUUUUAUCUGAGUAAUAAUUAAUCUUGUGUAUUUGGCAUUUUUUGUUUUUAGAAGCUACUAGAAUAGUACUUUUUAUCCAAAAAUACUGGAAACACGUGGCCAGGUGGUCCAAGAUAUGUCAGGUUAAAUUUCUUUAUCUAUUAUGAGUUCACUACCUUGAUUGGAAUAAUACUUUUAAAAUUGUGAAAUCAGUAAAAACACCUCCUGGAUGAGGGGCUGGGAAACUGGCAAAAUCUUCAUUUUUUUGAAGAUUUGAGGACAAGAUCAGGCUUGUCUUUCCCUGCGCCCCCUCUCAAAUUAGACUGCCAAACUCCAUUAUUUAACCUUGUGUGCAGGAUGAUCACCUGGCAGCAAUCUUGAAAGUGCUUGCACAUUCAUGACCCACAGGAAUUGUCUUGAAAGGAGAGUAAAUUGACCACACUGCUCUUUACUGUUUGAAACCAUUGCAAAAUCUGAUGCAGUACUCUGAGGUUGAAACUGCAAUGUGUCAAAACUGUUCUUUUUGUAAUGAGUAUCUAGGUGUAAAGUCUCUUCUUUGUAAAUAAAUCAUGUGCAAAAGUCUAAUGAGGGGAACUUUCUUUUUUUUUAAACUAAACUCAAUAAAGAGUUUUAUAUUAACUUUAUUCUUCAAUUAUUCUUUCAAAUCGAAUGUCAUUAAAAUAUUAUUGCAACGAUAAUACAGUAGUAUUAUUGUAAAGGUGUUUUUGCAGCUAAUUUUAUCUUACACUUCCAUGGAACAGCCAUUUAUCUCUAGAUUGAAAUUACCUCUGAAGCAAUCAUUUAUUGUGGAAAUAAAAUUUGAUGUAAAAAUACCCAU